AUGACAGAGUAUCUCCGAGUCCACACCGAACGUGGUCGCCUCAGCUACCUGCCCGACGAGCGCCAACAAAGUAACCGGCACUCGGUGUGCACCUCGACGCCUUCGGACUAUCUCCAGACCAGAGGUCCCAUCUUCAACCCCCGCAGCCGCCGACCCCAGCGCAUUCACAUUGCUCGCGUGCCACCCGAUUUCUCCCUCACCCGCCGCAAGUCAAGAAGAAGUCGACCAGUGGUCAUAGAAAAACUGGCAGGCCCACGGGAGAACGCAAAGCGUUUCCUGCGCUCAUUCAUCGCCUCUCACGGCGACAAGGACAAGACCUCGCCCUCUCCCACCCGCGCCCCCAGCGUCCGCGGCGGAGAGAACGAGCAAUCUUCGGCCGAGGGCCAACGCGCUGUGAGCUGUGAGACUCUGCGCACAAUGCCCCAUCCUCCCAUCGGGGGUCCAGUAAGCGGCAUGAUUUCAAGACCGGUGCUUGCCGAAACGGUGCGUUCGGCGUCUGGCCGAUCCACCAGCAGCAGAAAGAGCGUCGUAUCCUCCAUCGCCCAGACUAUCCCAGACGACAAGCCCCUGGCCUCCGGCAAUGGAAUCAGCGUCGGAAUCGCAUUGGCCGAGCCUGUGCUCUUCUUGCAAGGGUUCGAGCACAGCGAGCAUUCGGAGAGGAGCACUGCCAUGCUGCGCGGAAGCUUGCAUUUGAGGAUCACGAAGAGUGCCAAGAUCAAGGCGGUGACGCUCAAGUUCAAGGGCAAAGCCACCACAAAGUGGCCCGAAGGCAUACCCCCAAAGAAGACCGAGUUUGAGGAGACGGACCAUAUCAUGAGCCACACUUGGCCCUUCUUCAACGCUCAAUUCCCAACUGCCGAACAUGGUACUUGCGCGGAUCACGUGGAACUUCACGAGCGGAAAGAGAGCACCCUUCAAGUGCCAUUAAGUGGCAAGAAUGGCAAGCUUUCCUUUGAUUUUGACCGCUCGCCUAUGAACUCGAGCACAAAUCUCAGCUCGAAGGAUGCAAAGCGGCUCUCGUUGCAAGUCAACCAGUCCAGAAGUUUCGGCAAAGGAGAGUCUUCCACAGGUGGACCGUCCAUAGCCCAGAAAGGUUACCGAACCUUCCAGCCCGGCGACUACAUUUACAAUUUCGAACUCCCGCUCGACAGCCACUUGCCAGAGACCAUCGAUGUCGAUCUCGGUUCCGUGAAGUACGAACUCGAAGCGGUGGUUGAGCGGUCUGGCGCAUUCAGAGCCAACCUAGUGGGGACUAAGGAGGUGGUUCUCAUCAGAGCACCUUCGGAAGGCUCUCUCGAGCAAGUCGAGCCUAUUGCAAUCAGCCGUAACUGGGAGGACCAGUUGCACUACGACAUUGUCAUUUCUGGCAAAUCCUUCCCACUGGGUUCGCAAGUGCCAAUUGCCUUCAAACUCACGCCGCUGGCGAAAGUGCAAUGCCAUCGAAUCAAGGUGUUUGUCACCGAAAACGUCGAGUACUAUUGCAACAACAAGCGUGUGCACCGGAUAGAGCCCACGCGGAAAGUGCAGCUCUUUGAAAAGCGAGCCGACGGGCCGGCAAACAGCACGUAUCCAGGAAGCACCAUGAGGAUCAUUUCAGGAGGAGGUGUGCCAUACGACCAGCGGACCGCUGCGGCACGGGGAGAUAUGGACAACAUUACUCUUCAGGAUACCACAAAUCUGCUCGGCAACCUGGACGGCGAAAGCAAUAUAGGACCGACUGAGAUGGAGUUCAAUGUGCAACUGCCGAGUUGCCAUAACCAGCGCGAGAAAGACUCGAAGGUGCACAAGUUGCACUUCGACACGACGUAUCAGAACAUCCAGGUGCAUCACUGGAUCAAGAUCGUCAUGCGCCUGUCACGGCCUGAUCAGAACGACCCGGCUAAAAGACGGCACUUUGAGAUUUCCAUCGACUCACCAUUCCACAUCCUGUCCUGCAGAGCCACGCAGGCAAACACGGCGCUGCCUGCGUACUCGUCGCCCGAGACGGGUGAGGACAUCUCAGCCAUGCCGGAAUGCGGGUGCCCUGGGGCGCCAGUUCGGCGCGGAUCGCCAGCAUCAUUCAUCCCGACGAUCAACGCGCUCAACAGCGCGCGCACACACAACAGUGUCCCUGAAGUGCCUAGUCCUCAACUGGCUCGACCGCAACAGGCCCACAUUGGUGGGCCAACAGACCCACGUCUGCAGCGACCCAUCCACCUCCUGCGCCAGCCGUCGUUCAAUCCGCCGGGGUUCGACGACGAGGAGCCGCCACCGCCUCUCCAGACGCCGCCGCCGCAAUACGAGAGCAUCGCCAGCCCAACAUCAGGGCUGGCUGACUACUUCUCACGACUGUCAGACGCGUACGACGAGGACAGUGACGGUGAAGGACAAAGCGCACGGACGCCGGGGCGGGUGGACGUGCCGCUGACUCCAGGCAGCCGAAUCAACCGCAGCAUGGACGAGCGGCGGACGUGGCUACCGCUCGACCGGUAG